CUUUAAAGUGCUUCUCAGCUCUUGAAUAGCGUUUUCAAAGCAUUUACAAUGUUUGGCAUGUAACUUGGGGGCCAAAGUCCAGCCUUUCUUUCCGUUCGAGCCUUCACUCUGUGGCGAACCAUCUCUAAUUAGCUUUUGAAGAGGCGUGAAUGGAGCGGGCCAUGUCACUAACGGCGACCUUAAUGACAGAUUAGGUAACCAUAGUGACACGCUCUCUCGGCUUGGGGCUUUUUGAGACAUGCCUCAUGCAAGCUCGCAUCCUCGUCGCGCUGUAAGAAAGGGGGACACAACAACAACAGGACAUAUUUACGGCGUUAAUGGUUGCCAGGGUGACUUAGGUCUUGUAAUCCCUACUGAUUGCAGAGGAAAAGAGGAGGAGAUAUAGAUGCUGGUUGUGUGAGCCCAGUUGAGUGUGUCUGUCUGUGCAGGGGGGCAUGACAGGGCUGUUUCAUGUACAUGUCAGCUGGAGACUUGCUAGUGUGAGAUUUGAGGGAGAUGUCUGUCCAGCCAUCAUUCACGUUCAGGGUGCCAGGGAGCCAGAUGUCAGCUGCGUGACAGUGGGUGAGGCGAGGGGCUGCAGCAACGCCGCGUCCACAUCGAGGAGAACGAGAGACUGGAGUCUCCCGUCAAGCUAGCAAGAGGCUGCAGAACAGAGUAGCCAUGGCUGCCUGCGUGUUCUGAUUCCACCGUGAAGAGAAGAAGAAAGCACUUCAGUAGCGUGUGUGUGCGCAAGAUACAGGGAUGUUAGUUCGUGAGGGGAUGAAAUUCAGCGGAAGCACUGGCAAAACUGACUUUGAGAGGCCAAGGCACAGUUAACUCCUAGCCCCCCCACCCAACACAGGGGCUUCGCAGGGCACGUUAUCGGACUGCUUCUCACUGUGGAUCAAACAAGUGUUUGUCACACUGGAGAACACUGCCUCCAGUCAUGGGAUGUGUGUUCUCACUGCCCAAAGAGAGACAGGCAGCGGCAGCCAGAGUCACACCACAGCGAGAAACCAGCUUCAUUGAAAAGAUGAAAAAAACGAACAGAAACAUAGUGGUGUUCUACGGCUCUCAGACGGGCACAGCUGAGGAGUUCUGCGGCAGACUGGCCAAAGACGCCCAGCGCUACGGCAUGAGGGGCAUGUCUGCCGACCCUGAAGAAUACAACAUGUCGGAGCUGCCCCGUCUGGCGGAGAUGGAAAACUCGCUGGCGGUGUUUUGCAUGGCCACCUACGGGGAAGGAGACCCCACAGACAACGCUCAGGAUUUCUAUGACUGGAUGCAGGAGACCGACGAGGACCUGAGUGGCAUCAGCUUUGCGGUGUUUGGCUUGGGGAAUAAAACAUAUGAGCACUUCAAUGCCAUGGGGAAAUAUACAGACAAGAGACUGGCAGAGUUGGGGGGCAAUAGAAUAUUCGAUCUAGGUAUCGGGGACGAUGAUGCCAAUCUUGAGGAGGACUUUGUGUCGUGGAAGGAGGGAUUCUGGCCUGCAGUGUGUGAGCACUUUGGAGUGGAGCCUACAGGGGAUGACACCAGUAUUCGUCAGUACGAGCUGGUGGUGCCGACCGACAUCAACAUGAAUAAGGUGUACACCGGAGAGAUGGGUCGCCUCAAGAGCUUUGAGACUCAGAAACCGCCUUUUGAUGCCAAGAACCCCUACUUAGCAACAGUGGUCGUCAACCGCAAGCUCAACACUGUAGGAGAGCGCCAUCUCAUGCACUUGGAACUGGACAUCUCAGGCUCCAAAAUCAGAUAUGAUUCAGGAGACCAUGUGGCUGUUUACCCCGUCAAUGACACAUCCAUGGUGAACAGGAUAGGCCAGAUCCUGGACGUUGACCUGGAUACGGUUAUCUCUCUUAAUAACCUAGACGAGGAGUCCAAUAAAAAGCACCCAUUCCCCUGCCCCACCUCCUACCGCACGGCCCUGACCCACUACCUUGACAUCACCAACCCCCCCCGCACCAACGUGCUAUUUGAGCUGGCCCAGUACGCCUCCGACCCCAAAGAGCAGGAGACCCUGCGCAAGAUGGCUUCCGCCUCGCCAGAGGGCAAGAGCGUAUACCAGAGUUGGGUGCUGGAUGCCCAGAGGGAUAUCCUGACGGUGCUGGAGGACAUGCCCUCUCUCCGCCCGGCCAUAGAUCACCUGUGUGAGCUGCUACCUCGCCUUCAGGCUCGCUACUACUCCAUCGCGUCCUCCGGCAAGGUGUACCCCACAACGAUUAGCAUCUGCGCCGUGGUGGUGGAGUUUUGCACCAGCACUGGACGCACAUUCAAGGGCGUGGCCACCCACUGGCUGAAAAACAAGACUGUGGUGGACAACAGCCACAAAGCUACGGUCCCUUUGUAUGUGAGGAAGUCCCAGUUUCGGCUCCCCUUUAAGGCCAGCAACCCUGUGGUGAUGAUCGGACCGGGCACAGGGAUCGCACCCUUCAUGGGCUUUCUGCAGGAGCGUGCCUGGCUCAAGGAGCAAGGGAAGGAGGUGGGCGAGACAAUUCUUUACUUUGGCUGCCGCCAUAGAAACAACGACUUCCUUUAUCAGCAGCAGCUGGAAGAGUUUGAAAAGGCAGGUGUGCUGACUCAACUAAACGUGGCCUUCUCACGAGACCAGGAGCAAAAGGUUUACGUGCAGCACCUCCUGAAGCAGAAAAAAGAACACAUGUGGAAGCUCAUCAACACGGACAACGCUCAUGUCUACAUAUGCGGGGAUGCGAAGAACAUGGCGCGAGAUGUCCAAAACGCAUUCCACGAAAUAGUGCAGGAGGAAGGAGGCCUGACGCAUACCCAGGCAGUGGCCUACAUCAAGAAGUUAAUGACAAAGGGUCGCUACUCUCAGGAUGUAUGGAGCUAAACACCAACCUGCAAAUUACACUAACUACACCUCCAAAUCCACUUCACUGACCUAUGCCAGAUAGUGAAGGAUUAACUGGAUAACAAUUAAGGCCUUAGGACUGGGAGUUUACAGAUACUUUCACAUAGGUACUACAUAAAAGAUAUCUCUGAAUCCUUCUAUGGUGAAAUUGGAACCAGAAGGUUUCAUAAUUGGAUAUGAUGAUAUCAGGAAGCUUGGGUUCAUUUUGGAUAACCUGAAAUUUGACUUUGAUAACAAAAACAAAAAAGUAAUGUUGGGAAAGCAGGUUAAAACAGGUUACUGCUGUGUUGCCAGUUACACUAUUAUGAACAGUUACCCUGUAUCAAAAGCAGUUGCUGUAUUGUCUCCUAAUAGGACAUACAAUUAUCCUCAGUUUGGAGUAAUCCUGAAAAGUUCUGCAGGCUGUAUUGGUUUGGACAUUGAAUAUAGCCUUUAGACAUGCUAAUCAUGUUGUGAAAAUACUCCUCCCCACUGCCGAUUUUGUUUGAUAUAGCAAUUUUAUAGUUAUAGUAUAAUUUGAUAGUAAAAUA